CUGAGUCAACUGUUCUUCACGUCGCUUCAACCCAACCAUCGCUCUUUCCUUUGUAAAAGAAGACCAGGCUGUUGUUUUCUUUUUUGGAUUCCUGAUGUUGAACUGGAUCUAAGUGCCAUCAGGGAAGAUGUCGGUGACGAUGACGAGAAAUGACGGGGUCACGGUUUUUACGGUGCAGUCCGACCCGCAGAGCCGCUGGCCUCCGGUGUGUCAGAUCCUGAAAAGCCUUUGCUACAGUCCGCUGUGCUGCUCUCUGUCUCCCCAAGUGAGGAAGAGCCAGGGAAUGUCCUUCUCAGUCCUCGGCGCCAUCCAGAUAAUGAUUGGGCUGCUCAAUCUGGGCUUAGGCGGAACCCUCCGCUUUAGUCCAGACACUUACCGGGUGCUGAAUUAUUCUGGUUUUCCCUUCUGGUUGGGAGCUCUGUUCAUCACUUUUGGAUUGAUGUGUGUUUUAUCUGAGAAGUUCCCAAGCCUGUGCCUGGUCAUCCUGAAUGUGAUCCUGAACCUGACCGGAGUUGGUUUCGCCAUAGCAGCCAUUGUGCUCUACAGCAUCUACAUAUCACACCUCAAUAUCUGGUGGUGGAAUUGCUCCACCUCCAGGUCCUACAACUACGACAACACCCGUACUCCACCUUCACAGAGUGAAAGCGAAUUGUUCAGGCAGCUCUGUCUUGAAGGCAAUUUGGUGUCUCAGGUGCUCCUGAUAGGAAUGAAUGUUGUGCUGAUCCUCCUGUCCAUCAUGGAGCUCUGCGUCGCCAUCAGCGCCGUCGUCCUCAGCAUCAAGACUCUGAGGAACUCUGCGCAGGAGGAAGACACGAAUGUUGAAAACACCAAACCACUGCUGGAAGAGGUCACCUGUCAUUCUGCAGCCUAAGGACCUCUGUUCCUUUAAACAAAAAACUGAGAAAACUUUAAAUGUUAAAAGUAAAAGCUGAUGUUUUUCUUUUCUUUAUAACUUCACUGUUGCAUUUAUAUAACAUAAAAAACAGGGUCAUAUGAUACAUUUUGAUCCUUCUUGUUGACAGAACCUGAUUAUAUUCUUUAUUUCUCUGCCUAUUUGUUAAGUAGCAUUCCUCUUUAGAGCACACUGACCAGGAAGUGCAGAUAUCAUGGGACUGAUUAUCUGCCCAUCAUUAAUCAGAGUUAAUUAUUAGCUGAAGUGAAAUAAAUCUGCUGGGAUGGAGGUUUUGUAAUGAUCAUUCUGUCUAUAUGCUAUCCUAUUUUUGAGUAAAACUAUUUAAAAACUCUGCAUUUAUUGUAAAAUAAAGAUUCAUGUACCUCAAUCUGCA